AUGCUGAGGGCAAACCAGAGUCAUGUGACUGAAUUCCUCCUUCUAGGACUGACCACUGAUGCCAGACAACAAGUAUGGCUUUUUUCCAGCUUCCUCGCCAUGUACCUGGUCAAUGUGGUUGGCAACUCGGUCAUCAUUGCAGCCAUCUGGGGGGAUGCACACUUACACACUCCCAUGUACUUUUUCCUCUCCAACCUGUCCCUGGUGGACAUCUGCUUCACCACUGUCAUCGUGCCACAGAUGUUAGUGAGCAUGCUGACACAGAGAAAGACCAUCCUCUUUGCCCAUUGCCUAACCCAGAUGUAUUUUUUUGUGGCCUUUGGUAUCACUGACAGUUUUCUCCUGGCUGCCAUGGCCAUUGACCGCUACGUCGCCAUCUGUAACCCACUGCACUACACUACAACCAUGAGCCCCAGGUGCUGUCUCCUGCUGGUGACUGCAUCGUGGGUGGUGUCCCACCUCCACUCACUUGCCCACACAAUUCUCAUGGGCCACCUUUCCUUCUGUGGCCCCAAUGUCAUCCAUCACUUCUUUUGUGAUGUCCAGCCACUGCUGACCCUCUCCUGCUCUGACACCUCUGUCAAUGAACUUUUGGCCUUCACAGAGGGCUCCUUUGUGAUCAUGAGUCCUUUCAUUUUCAUUAUUGUCUCGUAUGUCUACAUCACCCGGGCUGUUCUGAGGGUCCCUUCCGGGGGAGGCAGGUACAAGGUCUUCUCCACCUGUGGAUCCCACCUCACAGUUGUGGCACUAUUUUAUGGGACCAUAAUAUCUGUGUACAUUCGUCCCUCAUCUACCUACUCAGUGACAAAGGACCGUGUGGUCACUGUCAUCUAUACAAUAGUUACUCCCAUGCUGAACCCUUUCAUCUACAGCCUUCGAAACAAGGAUAUAAAACAGGCUUUGAGAAAGCUGGCUAGAAAAACAGAAUAG